AGUUUUGAUACCAUGUCAAUAUUGGUAACAAUCUUGUUAAAUUAAGCAGAAAUAGUUUCCAUUAAAACUUCCGUAUAUACGGAUUCCUUGCACACGUUAUUUAAUUAACAAAUAAGAUUACGCCUAUUGGGCUUCAGCCUCUGAAUUCCGUGCAUUCAUUUCAAACCCUUUCAAUCAGCGACAAUGCCGCCGAAAGCCGAUGCAGAAACGUUAGAGUUAAGAAAGGAACUCGAAGACCUCUACGGGAAACUUAAGGAAAGCCACAAGCAAGUAGCCGAUGUCACCUUUGAAAGCGCCUGCAGCGGAGUAUCGGAUGUUCCGAAACCGAAACUCAGCACCAAACGCCUGAUGAAAGGGCACAUAAACAAGGUGAACUCUGUGCAUUACAGUGGAGAUAGCAAGCACUGCGUUACGGGCUCACUAGAUGGUAAACUGAUAAUAUGGGACACUUUUUCAGGGAAUAAAGUGCAAGUUAUACCGUUACGAUCGGCAUGGGUUAUGAGCGUAGCCUACGCGCCGUCCGGAAAUUAUGUCGCGUGCGGUGGGAUGGAUAAUAUGUGCACAGUGUACGACUUGAACAAUCGAGACUCGUCAGGUGCUGCAAAAUUGGUGCGAGAAUUAGCGGGAUAUGAAGGAUUUCUGAGCUCGUGCAGAUUUCUCGAGGACAAGAAGAUCCUGACCGGCUCGGGGGAUAUGAAAAUAUGCAUGUGGGAUUUGGAAACUGGUAGAAAAACAGUGGAUUUUCCGGCUCACAAUGGAGAUGUCGUUUCGAUUAGUUUAUCGUCGGAUGGUAACACAUAUGUUACCGGCAGUGUUGAUAAGACCUGUCGUUUGUGGGAUGUACGCGAUCAGAAGCCUAAGCAGACCUUUUUCGGGCAUGAAUCUGAUGUAAACUCAGUUUGCUUCCAUCCGAGUGGACAAGCUUUUGUUACCUGCUCCGAAGAUAAAACAGCGCGACUGUUCGACAUUCGCAGCGAUCAACAGGUGGCGCUCUACGAGCCGCCAAAUAAAACCAGCGGCUUUACCUCAUGCGGUUUGUCGUUGAGUGGGCGUUUUUUGUUCUGUGGGUCGGAUGAUAACAACGUGCACAUGUGGGAUACUCUCAAGACACAACAUAUUGGGAUGUUAACUGCCCACGAAAAUAGAAUUACAUCUCUGAGUGUGGCUCCGAAUGGUAUAGCUGUUGCAACAUGCAGCUGGGAUCAACACGUUCGAGUUUGGGGUUGAACAUGAUUCUUGAUGGUAUGCCUGAGAAAGACAAGAAUAUUUAUUUACAAAUGGUUUAGUUUACACAAAAAAAUUAAGGAUUUUAACUACCUUAUGUAGACUCAAACAUGAUAAUGUAUUGCCUUGACACUGUUGCAUCGUUUUUAUUUAACUGGUAAGAUUAUUUAUAAACACUUUAACUUUUAUAUAUUAUAACAAUGUUAUUUAAUCAGGAGUGUGUAACUUUAUUAUAAAAAAUUAGUAGUAACUAAAGUACAUCAUAUAGUUACACAAAUAAAGUUUUGAAAUUGAA